AUGCCUUGCAUUCUUAAAGUGAGAAUAUCUGGUAUAAGAGACUUUAAUACCUUUGAAAAAUCAGAAUUAGAUUCUUUUAAAUAUAUUGAAGUUACCUUAGGAGAAAUAAAGCAAAGAACAAAAUUUAAUAUCAAUAGAAGUACGAAUAAUUUAAAUUUGUCCUUUCGAUUGGAAAUUGCCGAUGACUCAGAGCUACAAACAAACCCACUUAAAAUAAUAAUAGAUGAUGCAGAAAAUAUAAAUAAUGGUUACAUACAAAUAGAUUUAAGUUUUUUUUAUUUUCAUGAUAAUUUAAAACUAGAAGGAUGGUUUCCAUUAUAUGAUUCGCUAGCUGGACUUAAAGGUGAAUUGUAUUGUAUAAUAAAAUGGGAAUUCUUCGAGGAAAAAAAUCCGUACAAUGAGAACAGUUCUGACGUUUUAUUGCUAGGUACUACGUUCUUCCCAAAUAAUUCCCCUUAUUACAUUGAACAAAUAAUAGACUUUGCAAAUGAACUUAAAAUUGUAAACGACCCCGAAUAUGAUUGGAAGGACUUAAUUCGAUCAAACAGAAACUCUAAUGAGGCAAGGUGUGACGUUAUACAAAAUUCGUUUAUGCAAACUAGAAAGCUCAUAGGAAAAAAGGCUAAACUCCUGGGGGGAAAUGCAAUAUUAGGUUAUCAAGAACACUUGAAUUUAGAAGGGAGCACAACAAAUAAAAUAUGUAUUCGUAUCACAGGAACUGUUGUCAAAUUAGGAAUAAAGAAUUUGAAUGAAAUAAAUAAUAUCAAUAUUAAUCAGAAUAGUACCAUAAAAAAUAUUUUAAGAAAUAAUGAAUUUUUUUUCGAGAAUAGUAUGGAGAGAAAUAAAGAUAUGAAAUAUAAUAAAAGGGAAAGUUUACAACCAAAUGCAUCGUAUAAUUUCGUUGAUGUAAUGUUGCUCACAUUGGAUUCGUUACCAGAUAAUAUAAAAUAUACUUAUGGUGGACUGGUUGCAUCAAAGGCUGUUAAAAUUUUACAUCCAAGGCUCACAGAAGAACAAAGAGAUGAGUGGUUAUUAGAAAUAAGGGACGAGCUCAAAUCGAACGCUAAAUUUUUGUCCUGUAACGUUGUUCUAGGUUACAAAGAAGACGCGUACAUAUUCAGCGAUGUAAUAGUUUUAUUUUGUUAUGGAACAGCAAUAAAUAUAUUACCCUCAUUUUUUUACGAUGAAAGAAUUAUAUCCUUCAUAAAUAAAGAUGUACCUAAGUUAAAUAUGUUUAAAAGCAAUUCAAAUAAUUCUCAUAAGAAUGUAAAUUGUAUUUAUUUACACUCUGCCUCGGAUGAAAAUGAAAAUAACAAAGUUCCAUGCAGGGUGUGUAAGGAAUCCUUUGUUCCUAAAAUUUACAUAUCUUCGGCUGUUAUACCGCAAAAUUUGGCCUUAAUAGGAAACGGGUUUUUAAUAUCCGCGUUUGUUAUUUAUCCUUUGAAGAAACACUACGGGGAAUACUUGGCCUCAGAAAUAAGUGAAAUAUUACCCUUUCUCGAAUUAAAUUUACACAAACAAAUAAUCUGCAAGUUAUUAGUAAACGGAUUUAACAGUAUUUUUGACUAUAAUUUAAAGUUAUGUUUUAAUCAGAAUUAUUUGUUUGGUUAUUGUUAUGGUACGGGAAUGUGUACUUACGGAAUAUAUUCUGAUAAUAAAUUUUUAAUUAAGUCUAAUUAUAAAGAUAAUUUUUAUAUAAGAAACAAAUGUAUUGGUGCUCUUGAAUUAAAAGGUAUAUAUGACAAUAUUAACUAUCGAUCCUUUUUUUGUAAAAACAAAAGUUUAAUUUCACCUGUGUAUCUAAGGGGAGAUAUAAUUUAUAACAACGACCUAAGUAAGGAAAAAAAUAAUAAACAAUCAUAUUAUCAUAUGAAUAAUAAAAGGAGUAAAGAGAAUUCCGGGUUUUAUAAUUCUGAAAUAAAUGCAAUAAAUGAUAUUAUGAUCGGUUAUGAAAAUGAAGGAGGGAAAAAAAAAGUUCAAAGGCAAAAAAAAUAUCAUCAGGAAAAUGAUGAAAGGGAUGCAUAUAAAAGAAAUAAUGCAAAGUAUGAAGAAGAUGAUAACCGUGAACAAGUAGAAAAAAAUAAUGAAGGAGAAAAAAAUGAUGAAGGAGGAAAAAAAGGUGAAGGAGAAAAAAAAGGUGAAGGAGAAAAAAAAGGUGAAGGAGAAAAAAAAGAUGAACAAGAAGAACAAAUCCAACUUGAUGAAGAUUGGCAUAGUGAUAGGGGAGCGAACAAAAAUCCUUCCAGGGACACAUAUAACAAAAUUAUAAAUAAUAAUUACUUUAGACUAAAAGAAAUUUAUAUGAAAGAAGAAAGUGAUUUAUUAAAUGAAAAUAAUGAUAAAAAUAAACAUGGAGAUUUUUAUAACAUAAAAAGUGAUGAUCUUAAUAAUUCAAAUAUUGGAGUAAGACAAAGAAAAAGGAAAAAAAAAAAAAAAGAAAAAAUUAAAGCAAAAAGAAGAAAAAAUAAAGGAUAUGUAUACGAAGUAGAAGAUCAUCUAGAUAAUAUUACAUUAUUUAAUAUAUAUGAAGAUAAUAUUGCUUUAUAUAAUUAUGUAUUUAAUUUAGAUGUUAAAAAUUUCCUUUACAAAAAGGGAUUAUUAGACAAUUCUUACAAAAUGGGAAAUAAUAAUCAACUUGAAAAUAAAAAUAAAAAUAAUAAUAAUAUUAUUAUGAAUAAUUUGAAUGCACCAUGUCUAAUUAAUUCGGUAUCAUCUGAAAGAAUUAUGAACACGGAAUACCAGCAUGGUACUCAAAAAUGUAUAGAUAAUAUUAAAAAUGAUAUUAACGAAAAAAGGUAUAAUGAUCAUGAUGAUCAUAUUAUUAAUGUUGAACAAGAAAAUAAUAUCUCACAUGUAUUUAAUAAGAAGCUAUUUGAAAAAAAUAUAUACAAUGGAUCUCAUCCAAAUGAAAAAAGGCAUUCACUCCAAAAUGAUUUACCAGAAUCUAAUGAUAAAAUUGUCAAAAGCUCAAGCAAUAAUGAUUAUUCAUUUGAGAGUACCAUAAGAAAUGAAAUAGAUAAAUUAGAUAAUGAUGAUGUUGAUAAUAAUAAUACAAAUAAAUGGAAUGAAAUAAAGAAGAGAAAAAAAAAAUUCAAAAGAGAAAAAAAUAAAAUAAUAAAUAAUUCAUUUCAAAAUCAAGAAGCAGAAGAUGACAAGAACAAUAAUAAUAAUGACAAUAAUAAUGACAAUCAUAAUGACAAUAAUAAUGAAAAUAAUAAUGAAAAUAAUAAUGACAAUAAUAAUGAAAAUAACAAUGACAUUAAUAAUGACAUUAAUAACAUUCAUAAUAAUGACAAUAAUUACUAUAAUAAUGAUAAUAUAAAUUUAUAUAACGAGAUGACAAAAAAAAAAUGUAUGCUUGAUAAUAGUUAUACAAAAUAUUUCUUUUAUAUAUUUACUCUAGAUAUGUUGCCAAGCAUAAAAUUUGAAACAUUCUAUGAGAAAAAUACCGAUCACAAAAAUUUCAAUGAAAAUUAUAAAUUUUAUUACAACACCGAUGAUGAUACAGAUAUAAUAAAUGCCAUAAAAAAAAAAAACGUCAAAAAUAAAAAAAAAAAUGGAAACAUUGUGAUUAAAAAUUAUAUUAAUCAUAAUGAAUAUAGUUAUUUAGAAUAUAAUGAAAAUAAAAAUUAUGAAAUAAAUAAAAAGGAGAAGUUACUUACUGAAAAUUAUGAAUAUGAUAUGUAUAUAAAAGAUAAUAUACAUUAUAAUGAUUAUAGUGAAGGUGAUGGAAAGCAAACAAAAAAAGCGUCCUCUUUUUUAUAUAAUAAUAAUAAUAAUAAUAAGUAUAAAAAAGAAGAUAAUAAAACACAGAUUAUAAGUUAUAUGGAUCAUGUGGAUAAUGAGAAUGGUGUGAAGGGCUUGAAAAAACGGAACUUAUUUUAUAAUAACAGCGAUCAAUUAUAUAACUUUGAUGUGAAAGAUAAUGAUAUGAUAAAGUAUGAGAAAAGACAAUCAAAAAAUUUUGUUGAAGAAGAAUUUAUUAAUGGGAAUAGAAAAAUGGAAAACGAAGAUAAACAUUUAAAAAAACAUUAUGAUGAGAAUGAUAUAAAGAAAAAAAAGAGGAAAAAAGAAAAAGAAGAAAAACAACAAAAAAGUAAAAGUAAAAAUACAUAUUUAAAUAAUUUAUCCAGAAGUUAUAUUUAUUUAAUUAAAAGAAUAAAUUUAUUUUCUGAAAAUAAUAAUGAAGUAGAUAUAAUUUAUGAAAAGAUAAAUAAAGCAUUUAUAGAUUUAUAUAAUAUUUUUAUAUUCUAUAUAUUUAUUCAUAAUUUAUUCCCAUGUUGUAUAUGUAGUAUAAGAUUACAUUUUUCAUUUAUAUCUUUUGAUAUAUUAGAAAUUAUGUUAACAGGACAUUUAAUAAAAGUCAAAAAUAAUAAUGCUAUUAAUUUAGAAUUACAAAAUAUGAAUAAAUCAGUACAAGAAAAUUUAUUAAAACAUUUUUUUAAACAUUUAGAAAAUUAUUAUAUAGAAAAAUCAGAGCUAUUCAAUUAUACAAAUAUGUUUUCAAAUAAUAUAGAUAAAGUCAUUUUAAAAAGAAAAACAAAAAGUGAUAUUUCUCAAUUUGGUUAUAUGACCAAACGAAGAACAAGUAUGAUGAAAAGUCAAAGAAAUAUAUGGACUUUUCUUUUUACCAAAAUUUUCCAUUCUCCACUCUUUAAUUUUACUUCCAAAAUAAAAAAUUUAUUUUUAAAAAAAAACAAAAACAAAAACAAAAUCAAAAAUAAAAACAAAAACAAAAACAAAAACAAAAAAACACAAAUACAAAUACAAAUACAAAUACAAAAAGAAUUAGAGAAAGAGAAAGAAAAAGAAAAAGAAAAAUACAAACAAAAAAAAAAUAAUAACAAUAAUAAUAAUAUUAAAAGUCCGAUCCAUAAAAAUAUCGAUUCCAAAGAAAUAGAAAAACAAAAUAAAAAAAAAAAUAAAUUACAAUUAUUACUUAAAAAAACUGAUAAAAAAAAUGUGAAUCCAUCACAAAUUAAUAAUAAUAUUAAUGAUAGUAUAUUCUUAUUUGAUCAAUUAAAAAAUUAUAUUAUCUUAGAAAAUCGUAAAAUAUUUUUUGAAAAUCAUAUGGAAAAUGAAUUUUCUUCAAUUAUUAUUACACCUUUAAAUGUAUUACCUCAUGUUAUUAUUAAAAAAUAUUUUGGUGUUAUUUCAUUACAUAUAGUUAAAGAAAAUAUUAACUUGAAAAAGUUCGAUUUUUUUUAUCAAAGUCUUAUAUCAGACAUAUUAUUUAUAGCAAAAUCUCAUAUCAAAAAUAUUGGUGCUAAUUUAAUUUCCUCAUUUAAAAUAACGAACUUGUUUUUAAGAGAAGAAAAAUCACAUGGCUAUGCCCUCAUAAGUAUAUGUGGGGACGUCGCCAAGUUUUGA